CUGCUUCCAACAAAAACACAUACACCUAAAAAACAUGGCACCCUUUCUCACACUAGUAAUGCUAGUGGUGCUACCACUCUUGGGUGGCGGCCACGUCGCCACCGGCGUAGAUCUCCAAUACCUGAACGUGCGGCAUGCUAUCGCCGGCACGACCAUCAGGCCAUCCGGAGAGACGCCUCCUCAGAAUUUCUCAAAAACGGCUGAUACAGAUGUUAAGCCAGCGUGGCGGUUGAAGUUGGUCCACCGAGACGUAAUCACGGCGCGGAAUUUCUCAGGCCACCGUCACCGUCUCGACGAUCGGAUCGCAAGAGAUGUGAAAAGGGUCGAAGGCUUAACUCAACGGCUGACUGGCGGUGCCGGUGGAGUUAGGUAUGGAGUGUCGGAUUUCGGGUCUGAAGUGGUAUCGGGUAUGGAAGAAGGCAGCGGGGAAUAUUUCGUACGGAUAGGCGUUGGUAGUCCUCCAAGACCUCAAUACAUGGUGAUUGAUUCUGGCAGUGAUAUUGUAUGGGUGCAAUGUCAGCCUUGUGCUCAGUGCUACCAACAAGCUGACCCGGUCUUCGACCCGGCUAAGUCAGCCUCAUUCGCUGGCGUGUCAUGCAACUCAGCUGUCUGCGGUCGACUAGAGAACGCAGGCUGUCGGGCCGGUCGGUGCCGCUACGAGGUCUCAUACGGUGACGGGUCCUACACGAAGGGCACUCUCGCGUUCGAGACGCUCACAUUCGACCGCACCACCGUCCGUAACGUAGCCAUCGGGUGCGGUCACAAGAACCGCGGGCUCUUCGUUGGUGCAGCCGGGCUCCUGGGCCUAGGUGGCGGGUCCAUGUCGUUCGUCGGGCAGCUAGGCGGGCAGACAGGUGGUACAUUCGGGUACUGUCUUGUGAGCCGUGGGACUGAGUCAUAUGGCUCAUUGGUUUUCGGACGCGGCGCGAUGCCUGUAGGGGCUGCGUGGGUCCCUCUCCAACGCAACCAGCGGGCCCCCAGUUUCUACUAUGUUGGGCUCACGGGCCUUGGCAUUGGUGGGCUUCGGGUCGUGCUGCCUGAGAACAUGUUCCAGCUGACUGAAUUGGGUGGUGGUGGUGUGGUCAUGGAUACUGGGACUGCAGUUACAAGGUUCCCAUGGCCCAUUUAUCAGGCGUUCCGCGAUACAUUCGCUGCAGCUACGGCGAGCCUACCGCGGGCCUCAAGUGUGUCAAUUUUCGAUACGUGCUAUGAUUUAUCUGGGUUUGAGACAGUUCGGGUACCGACGGUGUCGUUCUACUUCUCGGGUGGGCCUAUACUUACACUUCCGGCGAGGAAUUUCCUUAUUCCGGUGGAUGAAUUGGGGACAUUCUGCUUUGCAUUUGCAGCAUCAAGUACGGAUCUUUCCAUCAUAGGAAAUAUACAACAGGAAGGUAUUCAAAUAUCAGUUGAUGCGGCUAAUGGGUUUGUGGGGUUUGGACCCAAUACAUGCUAGAGAGUGUUUGUGGAUUUUGGGCCCAGGUCCAAUACUAGCUAGAUAUGUAAAGAACAUGUGGGCUUUGCUGGGCUUUUCCUUUAAGGGUAGUAUUGUAAUUAUAUGGUGUUGGUUUUUGAGUUUGUAGGGUGGAUUAGAGGGAUGUUAUUGUUUUCUAUUAGUAUACCAGAGAGAGAGAGAGAGAGGAAAAACAGCCCAACUAAAGAAAUGUAUUGGGAUCUUGUAUGCAUGCACACAGCUACUAUACAAAUGGCUUACAUGUGUA